AUGUCCAGCCUCGACAGCAAAGCGGCCUUCAAGGCCAGGGCACUCGAGCUCAACUUUACCGAGGAGACCCUGGCCAAAUUGGCGGCCAUCAAUGUGGACACCUUCGGAGCCCUCGCCUUCAUCGGGCCUCUUCAAGCUGGAACGACCGAUGAGGGUCCACUCAUCAGCAUGCUGAAACGUGCUUUGGGCUCAGCUCCGGACGACGGGCUUCUGAGCAUUGCUCGCCGCUUGUGGUUCGAAAGCACCACUCAGGCUCUCGCUGAGAUGCGUGGCAAGGUCGAGCGCACGGAUGCUUCUGAACCUGUUCGGAUGCCUUUGGCCGAGCGCACACAACGCCUGGCUGCUCUUCAGAAGAGACUUGUGGGCAUUCACUGGACAUCCGACAUUGAGCCUUCCCAUAAGCUGCAAGACUUGUCCUUGCUUUGGAUUCCGUGGGAUCGCCUCACGAGCCGAGCUUUGGAAAUCACAUCAGACAAAACCGAUCAAUCGGUCAGCUUCGACAGCGCCGGGAACCUCAAGCUCGUGAAACGCUCAGCUGAGCCCUCCUGCAGUACCAUAGGCGAAUACGCCGUUAAACUGGCACUUCAGCGGAGGAGUUUGGCUUUCGAAUUGGCCCGAAUCUGCCGUUACGAGUACCUCGAAUCUUGGCAUGAUCAGUUGCUGCAGGUGCACAUGCGUACCCAGCCAUCCGGCCAUCAGCGAGUUUCGAUUGCUCAGCUUCGUGAAGCCGACAAGUUCCUGUGGACGAGGAUCGCCGAGGACACGCGUGGCUCACUGUCCAUGCGCUCAGACGGCUCGUACCCCUUUGAGGUCUCGCUUGCAAAGUGGAAGGAUCACACGCAGGUUCAGUGCUACCUGCUUCCGCUGAUGCGAUCUGUGCCUCCGCCCCCAGCUCCGCAUGUGCCCAACAGCCCGCCCAGCAAGGACGGGAAAGGGGGCGGCAAGGACAAAAAUCAGAAAGCCCUGAAGAUUCGCAAGGACACUCCCGGCGCGGAGAAACCCAGCCGCCACCUGUGCUGGAAGUGUUUGGAGCCGCAUCCGGCCUCUGAGGAUGACGAGACCGGUGGCAAGCGUCUUUCGGCUGAGGAGUUGGCCGACCGGCUCCUUGCUCAGCCCACUGUUACUUCCGAUGAUCUUUUUCGUCUUAGUUUAGCAUUGCCUUCUGAAAUCCCUUCCCGAGGAACCGGUUCCGGAGGGCGCUCUGUUAGUUUGGGGGCCUUUGCUUUUUCAGGAUCGCAGUGCUUGCAGGUACGUGACACCAGCAAGCAGUACCCCUUGAGUACCAAAGUUUUUGCAAGAUUCGUACAUCAGCUUGACAAGGAUUUUACUUGCACAACCAUUGCCGUCUUCACAAAUCUUCGAACACAGCUUCACCAAGAUACCGCCAACGAUUCGAGAAGCUGCAACCUUCUUUAUCCGCUGUCCAAAUUUUCUGGCGGAGAUGUCUGGAUCGAGUCUCCCCAGGGAAAGGUUCCUUUCGAACACCAGGGCGAGAUUCUCUGGGGAGAUUCACUGCCGGUGUCCCAGGGGCUUUGCUAUCUUGAUGCGCCGAACCGCCGACACGCCACUUUGGCCUGGCAGGGCGAGCGCAGUGUUCUGGAGACGCGAACUUUCCUUGAGGACCUAGAGUUUCCCUUGCCCCCCGCGGGUCCAAGGCCCAUCCCUAAGACUAAUCCCGAGCCCGUUAAGCCCCCCCUUGCUGUCGCCGACUCCUGCAACCCUCUCUUCGUCGAGAUCUUCGCAGGCUGCGCACGGCUUUCCAAGCAUUGCCAGGCUUUGGGGUUUGACGUUUUAGCGAUUGACUCUCCUUGGAACCGUCACGUACCUGAACACCCGCUUCUUGUGCUGGACCUUACGGAAACCACGUGUCAAAAACAGCUCCUGGACAGGCUCUUGUUGCAUCCACCAUUUGCCAUUCACAUUGCCUUGCCCUGUGGCACGGGUAGCCGAGCCCGAGAAAGGCCCAUCAGCAAGAAGGCGAGAUUGGCAGGUGCUCCUGAACCUGUCCCGUUGAGGGAUAACGAUCACAUUCUGGGCCUCCCCAACCUGUCGGACUCCGACAAAGCAAGGGUUCGCAAGGCUAACGAAUUGUGUCGUUUCGUUGUGGAGCUCGUUAGGGCCCUACCUUCAUCCACCUUUUUAAGCAUCGAGAACCCCAAUAAUUCCUGGAUUUGGGGAGUGCUUGCGUACUUCGUGCAACAAUCUCGAGACCCUGCCCUACUUGAGAGGUGGCGCCGCAUGAUAGAUGUUCGCUUCCACAAUUGCAUGAAAGGCGGUCGCAGACCCAAGCACAGUCGCUUUCGGUGCAGUGAUUCUCGCUUGUCUAGCAUGGCUGUAGAGUGCGACAAUCAGCAUCAACAUGAUCCCUACCUGGUCUAUCAGACCGGCCGACAGUGGAGGUUCAGUACCGCUGAAGAGGCGGAAUAUCCGCCUCAACUGUGCCAGGAGGUGUCGCAACUGCUGGCCGCGACAGCCGGUUUGCCCUCCUGCUUGGAACCGCCGGCAGGUCCACGCGCUGUCUGGCCCCAGCCACGUGGGAGCCACAAGCUAAUCCCGGAGUUCCUCGAGUUUCGCACCGAGGCUCCCCUAGAUAGGCCCUUUAAGGAGUUUACCUCGGGUUUAGGGGGUGGUUCCGGGAGGUUCGGGGUGUACAGAACGCCUACCGAGUUCAUCGAUUGUGCCCUAAAGCUCAGCCAUCCCUUUGACACCCAGCACUGUGUCCCAGAUGCCGACCAUCUGCUUUUGCUGAAGAGAGGCUCAGACUUUACAACAGGCUCAACCAGAUGGAGAAAGAACUUCGCUACGAGGAGGCGCGACUGCAUUCAACCCCUGCCUGACCACACUCGCGAAGUCAUCAAGGGAAAGAACCUUCUGCUAUGGGCACAAUUGCUGAAGGAGACCAAAUUUCCUGAUGAAGGAGUCUUCGACUUGAUGAUGGGCGUCGAUCUGGUGGGCAAGCCAGACAAAUCACCCUUGUUUGAAACCAAGGAAUCGCCGGCUACAUCCACACCUGAGCUUCUCCUUGAAUCAGCUCGCUGGCGCAGAGAGAGGCUCAAGAGCCGUGAUCCGCACGAGAAAGAUCCGGAGGCGACCUGGCAACUCUGGGAUUGCACUCUAAAGGACCGGGACGACGGCUUUCUCACAGGGCCGUUCUACGAUGAGGACGAAGUGAAAAAGCACCUUGGAGUGGAGGAGUUCGUCUGUUCGAGAAGGUUCGUUAUCGAGCAGGGCACGCCGGAGAGGCCCAAACUUCGACCGAUCGACAACUACAAGGAGGGCGGGGUCAACGAAGCUUACCAUAGCCUCGAAAAGCUCGCCUUGUUCGAUGUCAAUUGGAUGACGGCGAUGGCAACUUACAUCGCGCGGGUCUCGGAUGGAACCGGUGCUUUGGAAAUUGUUCUCAGCACGGGAGAAAUUCUACGCGGAGAGCUGCACUCUUCUUGGAAGGCUAAGAAGCCCGUCUGGCAGGGGCGAACGCUGGAUUUGGAAAAGGCGUAUCGUCAAGUUCCACUUUCAACGGAGUCGCUGCGACUGGGGGUCGUCAUGGUCACGGACCCUAACAGCGGCAAGCCUUGCUACUUCGUAGCCCAGAGUCUGCCCUUCGGUGCAUCAUCGUCUGUGUUUGCUUUCAACAGGCUGUCGAGAUCGAUCUUGCAUCUGAGCUGGAACUUGAUUGGCAUGAUCUCAGGAUGCUUCUACGACGACUUCCCGCUUCUUGAAAUCCAAUCUUCCGCGAAGCUUGUUUCUGAAUCGUUCGAACACCUGCUGAGGAAGAUCGGGUGGAGGUAUUCCAACGACCCAGCCAAAACCUCGCCUUUCAAUGAGAGCUUCGACCUACUUGGAAUCCGUCUUAAUGCAGGCGACAUCUCCAAUGGCGUCGUGGUGCUCCAAAACAAGGCAUCAAGGCUGGAGAAGAUGAAAGAUACUUUCAUCCGCAUGGCGUUGAAUGGUGAAUGGGAUCUGCGGCAGAUUCAGUCGCUGCAAGGGCAAGUGAACUUCGCUUUGGGCUUUGCUUCGGGAAGGGCAAUGAAGAUGCUGCAGCGUGCACUUGGAAGCUUCAUCAGGAAUCCUGAAGAUCGCAGCGCGAGUGAGUUCAGGACACUUUGCGAGUUCGGGAUCCGCUUGAUCGACGAGUGCAAACCGAGAGUCUUCGCCUGCCGAGGGCCAGAACAACCGGUGUUGAUCUUCACUGAUGCAGCUUACGAAAAAGGUGUCGCCACUUACGGCGUGGUGGUCCUGGAUCCAUUCACUUCUUCUAAGCUGGUGGCCGGAGGUCGCAUCCCGAAGACUUUGGUGGAAUUCUGGAAGCUCGACAGUCCUGAACAGGUGAUUGCUCAGGCCGAAGCUUUCGCCGUGGUCCUCGCAAGAGAAGCUUUCAGAAAUUUCAUACACGGCAGACGAACCAUUUACUUCAUCGACAACGAGGGCGCGAGAGAAGUCUUGAUUAAAGGAGCGAGCAAGUCACGCACGCUUCUGCUUUUGGGAUCGCGCUUCUUCGAGAUGGAAAACUUGGAUCAAAGCUUAACGUGGCUAGAAAGGGUUCCGUCUGCCAGCAACGUGGCAGACGGGCCGAGUCGUGGUGAGAUCGCCGAGACGGCGAAGGUCAUUGGUGGCACGAUCGUUGAUCUGCAGGAGAAGGCGGAAAUUCUAGGAGAGUUGUGCAAAUCGACUGUACAGAUACCUUGGAAGCUGCUCAAGUAA